AUGACUUUGCUGAUGUUAAUGUUUCAGUUAGCAAAAGCAGCAGCACCCGUUGCGAAGUUUGGGUGUCCAGAUCGAUGCGGAGCCAUUAGCAUUCCUUACCCCUUUGGAACUAGAAAAGAAUGCUACAUGGAUGAACGGUUCGCGAUUGAGUGCAAUGAGACUGCCAACCCUCCUAGAGCUUUUAUAAGUCGAAUUAAAAUGGAGGUGCUGAAUAUUUCAGUUAAGACAGCCACCGCUACUGUCAAAAGUCCAGUAAUAUCCUUCAAUUGUAUUGGCCGGGUAGAUGGUGCGCCUCUGAAUCUCACUGGAACUCCCUUUGUUUUCUCCUCUAAAAGGAACUUGUUCGUUGCAGUGGGUUGUGAUACUCGAGCUUUUAUGACCGGAACUGAGCCGGAUCUCGUCGUUUGGGAGUCUACAUGGGGUAACCUGGAAAGUAACGUUAGAUUGCAAGAAAAUAAAAUGUGUUCAGGUCAAAAUUGUAGUCUGGCUAGAAUCCCUUCACUGCUUCAGGUUUUUAAUCCGCGCUUAGUUUCUACUAACGCUAAUCAAGUUGGAGAAGGAUGCAAGCUAGCCUUCCUGGUGAAUCCGACAUGGUUUGAAUCGAAUAUAAGUGAUCCCUUCGCAAUGCAGUAUAGAGAUUAUGUUCCAAUGGACUUGGGUUGGAUGAUGAACUUGAAUGAUAAUGAUAUUUCCACGCAUUGCGAAGAAAGUUACAAUCAAUCCUCAAAAUCCGAAUGUGUGUGCGAGGAUGGAUUUGAGGGCAACCCUUACCUUGAACUUGGUUGUACGGUUAUAGGCCUGGUUGGAGUACUCUUCCUGCUCAUUGGUGCUCGGUGGAUAUACAAUUGCAUUCGGUUGAAGAAGAAGUUUUUCAAACGGAAUGGUGGUCUCUUAUUGCAGCAGCAAUUAUCCUCAAGUGAUGGUAGUGUUCAAAAGACAAAAAUAUUCAGUUCAAAUGAGUUGGAAAAGGCGACCGAUUAUUUUAAUGAGAGCAGAAUACUUGGUCAUGGCGGCCAAGGCACCGUUUACAAGGGAAUGUUAGCUGAUGGGACUAUCGUUGCAGUUAAGAAGUCUAAGAUAGUGGAUGAAGAUAAACUAGAAGAAUUCAUCAACGAGGUUGUCAUUCUUUCACAAAUCAGUCACAGAAAUGUGGUUAGGCUACUUGGAUGUUGCCUGGAGACUGAUGUUCCUCUGCUAGUCUAUGAAUUCAUUCCCAAUGGAACUCUUUUCCAAUAUCUCCAUGAGCAAAACGAGGACUUUACGUUAUCAUGGGAGUUGCGGUUACGAAUUGCCUCGGAAGCUGCAGGUGCGAUAUCCUAUCUUCACUCGACAGCAUCUAUCCCGAUUUAUCACCGAGACAUUAAGUCCACAAACAUACUCUUAGAUGAGAAAUACAGAGCAAAAGUUUCAGAUUUCGGAACUUCAAGAUCAGUUUCCAUUGAUCAAACUCAUCUGACCACCAAGGUGCAAGGUACUUUUGGUUACUUAGAUCCAGAGUAUUUUCGAACCAGUCAAUUAACAGAAAAGAGUGAUGUUUAUAGCUUUGGAGUAGUUCUCGUCGAGCUCUUAAGUGGGAAAAAACCUAUUUUCUUAACCCAUUCACUGGAAACCAUGAGCUUAGCCGAACAUUUCAUUGAAUUGAUGGAAGAUAGUAGACUCUUUGAUAUCAUUGAUGCUCAAGUUAAGGGGGAUUGCACUGAAGAGGAAGCCAUAGUUAUAGCGAAUCUUGCAAAGAGAUGUUUGAAUUUGAAUGGAAGAAACCGACCAACAAUGAGAGAAGUUGCAAUGGAAUUGGAGGGGAUUCUAUUAUCACGUAACGGUAUCAAUAUUCAACAAAUUGGUGAAGUGGAUAAUUCAUCGAGGUCGAUUUCCUGCAGCAGUUUUGAGAUUGGUAUAGAUCUACCAUUAGAUUGCAAACCUUCGACUUCUUCUGAAACAUGGUGACGGAUUAAGAAAAUAUAUCACAAAUCAUAUGUUUCUUUCUUGUUUUUAAGACUGUUAGGAGCGUUUCUGAUUGAAUAAAAACUUAUAUUUGUAUUGUGGUCUGUGUUUUAGCACAUGUUCUUAGUCUUUCAUGUUAAGAACUUAAUAAAUUAAAAAUCCUUCGCGUUGAUUAUAAGAGAGUUUCUUUGAUCAAUU